CUGACACGAAAAAACCACGUCUUGAAAAUGAGCGCACAAGCACGAGUCUCAUUUUUUAUGACUUCUACUCUAACGAAAAUCUCUUCAAAGACCUAAAAAUUUGUGUGAAUGCUCUUCAAGAAUGGAAUGAUUAUACACUGUGCAUGUUGAAGAUAAAUCACUGUAACGCCGAGUGUCCAUGCACAUUUUCUAAAGCCUAUUGCAUGGCGGCUAGGUACCGCUAUGUGCACGGUAUAAGCAGCUCUGAAAUUGUGAAAAAGUUCGCAUUCUCAAGUAUUUUCAAAUACGGCGAAGAAUUGCUGACAUGUUUUGCUAAGCCCAAAAAUGAAUCUCGCUUGCCACAGAGGAAAGGGGCAAGAAUUGCGCUCGAAAAAUUGUUCAGUUUUAUGUCCAGUGGACUUGAAUUGACAGAGAGUUGCUUGAGGAAGAAUAUUAAAGGUGUUCCCGAAUCAGACUGGAGUGUUGUGGUUGCUCAUCAUUUGCUCUCCAAACUUGCUGUGUCUUCAUUUUACCUCAUUGAUCAAAGUAGAGGCAAACAGAACAGGUGCCCUUGUCAGUGUGGAGAAAGUCUCACAGGAACUUAUGGCGAUUCAAGCAUAGGUUCUCCUGAAGUCUGGCAUGGGUUACUGGACAUUUUGAUGAGUGUUUCAGUCAAGUUUAUGAGUUUUGAGGAUCCAGAUUCUCUGUCUGGCUCUGGAGGUCAUUAUAUAGUGAGAGGAAAAGAAACAGACUUAAAAAGCAUCAGAGAACAAAUAAUAGCACAGUCAAUUGUGUUCUCAUUCUUUCAAAGGAAACUACACCCUGAGUAUGUGCAUCACUUGAUACCUAGUAUUGGCAUCUCAAAGGACAUGCUUGUGGUUUAUUUAUAUGAUUGUAAUAAUGAUAUACUCCUAGAGAGUUCAGAAAUGCCUUACCUUACAACACAAGGUGCUCUUGUUAAACCAACCAUUGUAGCACUAUGGCUAGUGUUGAACUAUGAAUUCUUAUGCUCAGGUAUAACAAAAGGUAUGAAUGAUUCUGGUGUCAAGAGUAAUUUUACUCAGCUUGUUCAUGAAAAACUGAAAUUAUAUGACAAAGUUACUGUCCCUUGUGAUUCAUCAUGUUCAGGAGAAGAGGAGCAGUGGACCUGGGGAGCCCGACCUGAAAAUGAUGAACCGGCUCAGAGGUUCAGUGAUGUGAACAUGUUGCAGCCAUGGAAACUUAGUGAUAGUUCAUGAAGAAUAAUUGUGAUUUUGUGUUUUAUAGAUGAAUCUUCAUAAUGUUUCAGUUUAAAUAAAAGUGGACUUUUUUAUAUGGCAAAAAAUGGUCAUUGA